AUGCGCUUCACUAUCCCCCUGUUCCUCCUCUUUGGCAGAGCCGUCGCUGAGCCGCUUCUUUACGGCAUUCAUGCGAUCCGCGCCGAGCAGCAAGAGGAGGCAGCCCAAGCUCAGUCCCAGGUUGAGGCCGUAAGCACUUCCGCCGACAACGCAACUGCCACUAGUGCUCCCUCGGUCAAUGGCACCGCGCCUCAGCCGGGCAACGAGACUGCAUCCACCGCUGAGAUUGGCCACGAGGUCCUCAUCCUACUCGCCGACGGCUCCCUCGCACUCAACAUCAGCGUCGGUACACCGCCGCAGCACAUCCUCGUUUCGCUCUCGCUGGACGAAGUUCCCAGUGACCUCCGCCUCACCACUAACGCACCUGCUCCGGGGCCGCCGGCAAACGUCUCCCAAUUAUUUGCUCCGGCGGACGAGGUGCUCGGCUCAGCUGCUAGAGUGCACGACGACGAAGCCGUGUUCGGCAAUCCAAAGGCUGGGGCGGACGAGCCUGGCGCCGGCAUCAACAACCCGAGCAGCGAAGUAGUUGAGGGCAGAGAGGAUGCCCAGAACGUGAAGGACACCCCUAGCGCAAGAAACCAUGAGGCUGGAAGUCAGAGUCUUGACGGAGCGGCGGUCGACGCCAACGAGGACGCGCCUACGGAUAUCGACUCGGACAAGAGUCCGGAAGAGACCUCAGAGGCGACCACCGCAGCCUCCACUCCUAACACCGAGGUAAUCAAGGCCAGCGAGAAUGUGUUUGACACCACCAACGGAGUAGUGGUUGCGGAUCAGGACCUUUUCCACCCCAGCGAGAGCACCACCUUCCAGACGGAGAACAGGACGUACGGCAAUCUGCUCAACAACGGCACCAUUGCCGCAGACACCGUUACGAUUGGGACGGUGUCCCUCAUUCAACAGCCCUUCAUGCUACAGAGCGCCUCUGACGCUGCAGGCCGGCUUUCGCUUGGUAUCCGGGGCGACUCUGCUUCGCUCGGUAGCAUUCCUCUGUACCGUGCCCUCGAAACACACUGGCCCUCUCCUACUGUGGGUCUCUUCGUUGCGCCGCUCAACAACGCUACACCACCUGUUCAAAACGCGGGCGAGCUCACCCUCGGCGGCCUCAAUCCGGCUCUUUACAAAGGCGAGAUGAUGUACAUGGAUGUGCUGCGGCAGCACUGGGCGCUCCCGUUUACAUAUCUUGGGAUGGGCUUCAAGCCCGUCAUGGUCAACGGCACCUACACUGUCGACACCCACGAGUACAACGCCGCAGAGGGUGUUGCACCGCGUCGCCGAAGCUUGGAUGAAACGCCGGUGGCCGCCCUCUGGCUCGGUACUGGAAGCCUCCUUCACCCUGAACUCAGCGACGCCCUCCUAGCCGGUGUGCCGGGCACCAGUCGCAUCACCACCGGAACUGGCACGAGGUACACUGUGCCCUGCGAGACCAAUGCCACGCUUACAUUCACUGUCGGGGGGUACAACUUCUCCCUCCCUCCGGCCAACUGGAUCUACAAUGUGCCCGGUGUCGAGGGCGCCUGCGCGGCCUACUUCAAGGCAAUCCAGCAGUCGGACCGCGAUCGGUAUGGCUUCACUAACGACACUCUUGUCGUGUUCGGCCUCAACGCACUCAGCACGGUCUACACGGCAUUUCACGUUGGCAAUGGCACCGGAGUGCCUCAGUUAGGUUUCGCGGCGCUGAGCGACGCAGCGAGGGGAGUCGUCCCAGGGAGUAGCCCAGAUGUGCCCAUUCCUGGGGCAAGCGAGGCCCCGACCGUCACGGGUACCGGAGCGGGCGUCAAUGCUUCUGUGCCCGCUGUUACUGCGCCUGCUACAGCAUCCCGUGCUGUGGCUAAUAUCGGUGCUAUGCUCUUUGCGGCCGGACUGGUGCUAGUUGUCCUGUAGUGAACCAAGCAGAUCCUGCCCUCGAAGUAUCAUGAGUAAUGUAAAAGCACGCGUGUAGAGCUGCUAAGUCUUGCGCAUGAGACGCUGCGUGCCGCUGCUGAUACCCCAGAGUGGGUUCUCUGCGACUCCGAUCUGUUCCGGAGGUAGCUGCUGUCAAACGUGAUGGACUGCGUCAUAAGCAAGGAGCGGAAUGCUUACCCAUACAUGCUGGUGUUGCCCCCCACAGCACAAGAUCGAAAUCGUGUCAGACAUGCUAAUCGCGCCAUGCCC